CACAGUUGUUCCCCCAGCCCUGCGGGGCGGGCAGCAUGGUUCACUCCAGCAUGGGGGCUCCAGAAAUAAGAAUGUCUAAGCCCCUGGAGGCCGAGAAGCAAGGUCUGGACUCCCCAUCAGAGCACACAGACACUGAAAGAAAUGGACCAGACACUAACCAUCAGAACCCCCAGAAUAAGACCUCCCCAUUCUCCGUGUCCCCAACUGGCCCCAGCACCAAGAUCAAGGCUGAAGACCCCAGUGGCGACUCAGCCCCAGCAGCACCCCCGCCUCCCCAGCCGGCUCAGCCGCAUCUGCCCCAGGCCCAACUCAUGUUGACGGGCAGCCAGCUAGCCGGGCUCACAGCGCUGAUGCCAGCUCAGCAGCAGCUCCUCCUGCAGCAAGCCCAGGCCCAGCUCCUGGCCGCCGCCGUGCAACAAUCCAGUGCCGCUGCCGCCGCCGCCGCCGCCUCCUCCUCCUCCUCCUCCUCCUCCUCCUCCUCUGCCUCCUCUGCCUCCUCCUCGACCUCACAGCCCCCAGCCUCCUCUGGGGGGGGCGACCUGCCACCUCCACAGCCUGCCAGCCAGCCCCCUGGGACCCCACAGCUCACUCUCUCCCAGCCCAUCCAGCUCACAGCACAGGACAUACAGCAGCUCCUCCAGCUUCAGCAGCUGGUGCUUGUGCCAGGCCACCACCUCCAGCCACCUGCUCAGUUCCUGCUGCCACAGGCCCAGCAGAGUCAGCCAGGCCUGCUACCGACGCCAAAUCUCUUCCAGCUACCUCAGCAAACCCAGGGAGCUCUUCUGACCUCCCAGCCCCGGGCCGGGCUGCCCCCACAGGCCGUGACCCGCCCCACGCUGCCCGACCCGCACCUCUCGCACCCGCAGCCCCCCAAAUGCUUGGAGCCACCAUCCCACCCCGAGGAGCCCAGUGACCUGGAGGAGCUGGAGCAGUUCGCCCGCACCUUCAAGCAACGCCGCAUCAAGCUGGGCUUCACACAGGGUGAUGUGGGCCUGGCCAUGGGCAAGCUCUACGGCAACGACUUUAGCCAGACGACCAUCUCCCGUUUCGAGGCCCUCAACCUGAGCUUCAAGAACAUGUGCAAACUCAAGCCCCUCCUGGAGAAGUGGCUCAACGACGCAGAGACUAUGUCUGUGGACUCAAGCCUGCCCAGCCCCAACCAGCUGAGCAGCCCCAGCCUGGGCUUCGACGGGCUCCCUGGCCGGAGACGCAAGAAGAGGACCAGCAUCGAGACAAACGUCCGCUUCGCCUUAGAGAAGAGUUUUCUAGCGAACCAGAAGCCUACCUCAGAGGAGAUCCUGCUGAUUGCAGAGCAGCUGCACAUGGAGAAGGAAGUGAUCCGCGUCUGGUUCUGCAACCGGCGCCAGAAGGAAAAACGCAUCAACCCCUGCAGCGCAGCCCCCAUGUUGCCCAGCCCGGGGAAGCCAGCCAGCUACAGCCCCCAUCUGGUCACACCCCAAGGGGGCGCCGGGACCUUGCCAUUGUCCCAAGCUUCCAGCAGUCUGAGCACAACAGUUACUACCUUAUCCUCAGCUGUGGGGACGCUCCACCCCAGCCGGACAGCCGGAGGGGGUGGGGGCGGGGGCGGAGCCGCGCCCCCCCUCAAUUCCAUCCCCUCUGUUACUCCCCCACCCCCGGCCACCACCAACAGCACAAAUCCCAGCCCUCAAGGCAGCCACUCGGCUAUCGGCUUGUCGGGCCUGAACCCCAGCACGGGAAGCACAAUGGUGGGGUUGAGCUCCGGGCUGAGUCCAGCCCUCAUGAGCAACAACCCUUUGGCCACUAUCCAAGCCCUGGCCUCUGGUGGAACCCUGCCCCUUACCAGCCUUGACAGCAGCGGGAACCUGGUGCUGGGGGCGGCCAGCGCGGCUCCGGGGAGCCCCGGCCUGGUGACCUCACCGCUCUUCUUGAACCACGCCGGGCUGCCCCUGCUCAGCGCCCCGCCGGGCGUGGGCCUGGUCUCGGCAGCCGCUGCGGCAGUGGCGGCCUCCAUCUCCAGCAAGUCUCCGGGCCUCUCCUCCUCCUCCUCCUCCUCCUCCUCCUCCUCUUCCUCCUCCUCCUCCUCCUCCUCGUCCUCCACUUGCAGCGAGGCCACAGCACAGACCCCUGGAGGCCCCGGGGGGCCCGAGGCAGGGUGCAAGCCCGAGUGAGGGCCCGCCUUGCCUCCCCUCCUACUCCUCCGACCCCCACCUCAGUCCCCCCCCCCGCCUGGGAAGAGGGCGAGGAGGCCAGCAGUGGUGGUGCAGAGGGUCCUUGGAGCCGGAGUGACAAGGGAGGAAAGACCAAAAAAAAAAAACCCCAACUAACCAAAAAAACAAAACAAAACAAAACAAAAAAACAAGAAAGAAAGAAAGAAAGAAAGAAAGAAAAUGAAAGAAACCAACCAACAAAAAGAAACCAAAAAUAAUCACAACAGAAACCAGCUGCCCCAAAGGAACCAGAGGUGAAAAACAAACAAAAACCAAAACCAAAAACAAAAAAAAUACCCUGCAAAACCAAACCAAAAACCAGUUGCGAGCCAGACCUCAGUGUGCUCACCCUCACUGCUACGACACCAAAUAAGAACCCCAGCCAGGGGCAGAGAAGCCUCGGCAGGUCGGACCUCUCGCCGAGCCUCUGGCUGGGGGGGCCAACCCCCAACCUUGCCUCCUCCAGUGGGGGCCAGAGAAGGCAAAAGAGAAUGUGCCAGCCUCCAGCCCCAGCCCCCAGCCCUGGGCCAGCGAAGACAGGGCACAGGCUGGGGCCGACGGGGUGGGCUCAGAACCACCCGCCAAAUGUUCUUUUCCAGAAGGUGAAAGAGAAGGGGCGAGAACAACCUUACACCAAAUAUUCAGUAGCUUCAUCCAAAGGAUGUACAGAAUUUUUAGCGUUACGCUCAACAGAAUGUGUCCCUACCAUGUGUCCCCCUCUCCCUUGGCCCCCGGCUCUCCCCACCUGGGCAAGGGGUCUCGCUUUAACCUCCUCCCUCCCCCAGCCAGGGGAGAGUGCAGGGGCAGGCCUGGGAUGACUUUUCACCCCUCGUACCUCCCCCUUUUCCCUUUGAAGGGUGGGCUAGGCCGGUUUGUGAAGUUCUAGCUCUCACAUGUCCCCCCCCCCAACCCUGUCACCCUCCUCUGCUCUGGAAUCCACCCCCUCCCUGGCCCAGGGGAAGGUGGAAGUUUCGGGCAAGAGGGAUGAGGUGAGGGCAUUCAAGUUGUCUUUUUUCCCAUCCUCGUCUGUCAGUUUCCCUGAAAAAAAAAAAUUCAUAUUCCAGUGCCUAUCCGUGGGAUCCUUCACGUUCUUUGACAUUGACCAGAAACCAAAAAGAGAACUCACCUCGCUCUUCCCACCCUGUGUCCCUCUGAUAUACUGGCAGAUGCCUCUUCCUCCCCCCACCCGACACACAUGUACACACGCACGCACCCCAGUGGUGGGGUUCCUCAAGGUGGCAUCCCCAUCAGGGUCCAUGUGGCGGGGACAGUGCCAUGACCUGUGGUCCCCAUCUGAGAGGGCACUGUGGCGGCCACCACCCCCACGAGACCUCCCUCGAGUCUUGGCUGGACCCCAUGUUUGCCCAGCCCUGGACCCGUCUCAAUGGACAGAGGAGAGACGCCGCUGGGAGCCACUUUGCCCUCCUGCUAUUGUGGAGGCCAACAAAGUUUUGAACCAAAAAAAAAAAAAACAAAAAAAAAACCCAACAGAACAAAACACAAAAAACAAAAAAACCAAACAAACAAUAAAUUAAAACUAGAAAAAAAAAGAAUUUAUAGAUAUAUAUAUAUAUUUAAGGGAAAGAAGACAAGGACUCUUCAAGAAUAAGAAGGAGCCGCGAGGUGGAGCCAAGCCCCUGCGCCAGUGGUCCAGGCCCUUGGUCCCCAAGGCGGAUGGAAGGACAGACGCUUCUUUCUCUUCACAAAUACCUCAUGGACGUCGUCUUCGGGAAAGCCGGAGGGGGAGGCUGGGGCAGGGCCUGUCCCUCAGCCAGGGCGGAUGGAAGCGGGUGGGCAGGGCGGAGAGAGGGGGGGUCAGGGACAGGGGUGGAGAGCCCCGAGCUCCCUGCCCCCCAAUCCACUGAAAAAGCUUUAAAAAAAAAAAAAAAACGAAACAGGAAACAAGGAAUAAGAAAGCAAAAAGAAUGGACGAAGGAAAACGAACAAACUUUCGGGUGGUUUGAUUCCUCCUUUGAUUUCUUUUUCUGUUCUCUUCAGUCUAUUCUCUGCUCCUCCCUCUCCCUCUUCCUUCGCUCUUCUCUCGCCCCUCCCAGUCUCCCGUCUUUCUGUGUCUCUCCUCAAACCAAAGUGUUGCUGUGAAGGACUCGAGCCAUUGAAAUCAGAGGCCUGGCCCCCGCUGGGCAGAGCAGCCGGGAGCCCGGAGCCCGGAGCCUGGAGCCCAGAGCCUGGAGCCCGGAGCCCCAAGCCAGCUGCGCUGCUGGCCGCUCCGAGGAGAGGCGGCCCCCGCGCUGGGCCCCCACCUCCCCAGGCCUCAGAGUUCUUCCUUUCUUUCUUGUCUCCCUUCUCCCACCCGGGAAAUGAAACUGUUGGGCUGGGCCACGGAGACAGCAGAGACUUGGCUGUUUUGGGGGUCUCGGGGUGCCUUGUCUGGGCAGCCGUGGAGUGGCCGCCCCUCCCGCCCUGGCACUGAUGGGGCCUGGCAUGCCGUCGACCCAUCCUCGCCAGAAUGUAAGCAUCUCCGCUGAACCGACUCCCUGCCCUUACCCUACCUCUGAGUUUGUCCAUUUUUAUUUCCUGAAGAGAAGGGACUGGCGAGAGGGCCUGGGCCCCUGCCCAAGGGUGGAGAGGGGGCCAAGGGCUCCUGAACAGAUAGGAAAGACAUUUGAGCAGAGCAAAGUGAAAGGAAUUACGACCAAAUACCCCUCCGAGAAGACAGGCAGCAUGGAAGGCAUGGUGGAGAUGACUCAGAAACUAUGAUUCUAGACCAAAAAACAAAACAAAACAAAAAAAAAAACAAAAAAGAAAAAAAAAAUCCACCAAAAAAAACCAAAAAAAAAAACCAAAAAAAAAAAAAAAAGGAAAAAAAGAAAAAAAAAGGAAAGAAAAUCCAGGACUCACCACCACCCACUUCAUCCUGCUUCCUCCCCAUCAAGUCCUGCCACUGGGGACCUCUCCCGCACCCCGCACCCCUGUGUGGGGGGAGUGGGGCAGAGAGGAGAGGAGGAAGCAGGGGCAGGGAUGGGGCCGAUGCCCUGACAUUGGUGGAGGGACCCCCGUGCAGCCGGGGGUGGGGGGACUCUCCCCAUCCAACCCCCAUAACUGGGAAAAGAAAAACAAAAAAAAGAAAGAAAAUUCCUGGGAGGGGAAAAAUAACCAAAUCCCAAGCUUUAACUACAGCUGUGAAACCAAAUAUUUGGAAGGGGGUGGGAGGGAGGGAGGGGCAAGUGUGCCCCAGGUCUCCCCCCUGGGCCCCCCUCCCCCGAGGACUCGAGAUAAGGCACCAAAUACCUCAUAGAACUUUAAUGUUAAAAAAAAGGAAACCAAAUAUCGUUGGCUGGGGGCCAGCCAGGGCAAGGGGCUGGGGGGCUGGAGGGAGCCAGGGUUGGGAAGGUGAUGGGGGAAUUCAUGCCCCCCACCCCGCUCUGCCCCUUCCACUCCAGUACCCUCUGUCUCGACUCCGGGAAACAAAACUAUCUCAUCGUUUUUAUUUUGUGGUCUGUACAGAGCCUGUGUCCGUGUGUCUGUGUGUGAGCGAGAGAGUUGGGGGGCUGGGGGACUUUAUGUGGGAGAUGGGGAGGGAGACCCCAAGCUAGGCUCUGGGCUAGGUGAGAUGUCUGAGGUGGGGGGGCCAGCGGCCUGGGCUAGAAAGAGAGGAAGAUGAGUGGACUGGAGGAAGGGGGAGCCUUCUGAAUUUCUCUUCUCCCCAACCCUGACCUCCUACUCGAGGGAGGGACAGAGAAUGGGUCUACCCUAAUGGUGGGCCUUUUGUGCCAAAAAAAAAAAAAA